GGGAUUAUCAUCUAUCAUCUAUCAGCUAGCCGGGGCUAUCGUACAUAGUCGGCUAUACCUACUCGCUUUUCGCCUAUUCCCUCCAAGAGUAGAUACACUACCACCACAUGUCACAUAUCAAACGGUGGUGUACUUCUCUACUUGUACAUUAGAUACCUACUCAUUGAAGCACGAGAUGGGAAGCGUCGAUAGUCUGCCCUAUUGGCAGGUUAACGUCCCUGAAGACGAACGGACGGAAGAGUGUCCGGAAUUCCUCCGCAGCCUAAGCGUCAAGGAUAUCAGCAUCAUCGGCACGCCCGACUCGGAGUACACAGUGUCGACGUGGCCAGAGGUGCAGAACAUAGUAGCCGAGAACCGGCUAGGCUCCUUCAGACGUAUCCCCUCUGACCUGCGGCGCUACCUCGAGUACACGUGGAAGCUGAAGAGAGACCACGGCAGCGUCAUGAAUUUCGUCCUGACGCAGCGGCUGCACUGGGAGGCCCCCGUGAAGCCGCGAGGCAAGCCCUUUGAGUUUGGAGAUGACGUCAAGAUCCUAUGGAACGACUGGCCGUACGGGAUUGACGAUCGAAUCGUCCACCUUGUCGUCUGGACCAAGUUUGAAUUGCCUGAGGAUCCCGUCACGACGGAUCUGACUGACGAGGCUCGGGCCGAGAUCGACGGCUACGUGCAGAAGACGUUUGGAUCUAGGGUCCCGAGGGAUCGAUACAUCUGGUUCAAGAAUUGGAGGUCGUUGAAAUCUGUCCAGGCCGUAGAGCAUUUCCACGUCAUGCUCUUCGAUCCAGAUCCCAAGUUUGUCGAUGAGAUUACGAAUGGCGACAUCCCAUCUUGCCGCAAGGUCUGACGUGGCUUCGUCUGUUGGGCUCGCUCUUCAUGAUUGAUGAUAUAUGAUAGAAACGGUGCAUAUUUGGUUUUCUGUAGAUUACCCAAAGACCCAAGAAUCAACUAGUACAGAUGCUAUAUACCGGGACGCAUCCUUGGAUACACUAGGGAUCUCGCAUCGCCCGCAUGAGUAGGAAUCCAUUGCCUGGGAUACCCAGGCCGCUUAAGGUUUCUAAAAAUCCGGGGUUAUGAAUUGCACGCAUUGUAGUUAUAAAUGAGGCUGUCUAAGCCCUUGGAAGCCUUCAUAUAUGUAGUUCC